AUGGAUGACCCAGCAUUCCUCCCCGAUGAAACAGGGGGAGUAAAUAUCAACACACAAACCAUCCUCCUCCACGCCUCGAACCACGACGUCCAAGCUUUGAAACCGCUCCUUCGAAUACCAGGCAACGCAAGCGUGCAAGAUCCAGAGACUGGCUUCACGCCACUGCACGCUGCGAUUGCUGCUUCAGAAGAACAAGAUGCAGAGGUCGACAUAGAAAAAGCGAAGAAUACAGUAGAAGAAUUGUUCUUCAGUGGAGCAAUAUGGAAUGAUCUGGAUAAGAAUGGCGAGACUCCGGGAUGUCUGGCUUGGAGAUUGGGGCAGGGGGAGUUGUAUCAGAUGUGUGUGAAUGCUGGCGUGAGGGCGGAGAUGCUGUUGGGGUUGAUGGGUGGGUAUGAGGAGCUUGCUGGGGAGGAUAGUGAGGAGCAGGACGAAGUCGGCCUCGAAGAUGGAGACACGGAGAAAAAUAAUGGGGAAAAUGGGGAUACCCAUACGGAAGAACAUGAGCUUGCGGUGGGGCCUGCAGAGGAGGGAGCAGAGAAGAAGGACGUCAAUUCCGAAGAUUACUUGAAGUCAAAUCUAACAUUCACGGAAACGGCAUUACUAGAUGAGGAUUCAAAUGGGGUGAUGAUGGCGUGGGAAACAGAUAUAAUGCGGAAAUCCGUCGACCUCCUCCUCCCAGACCUACCUCCAGAAAAACGAAUUCUAAACAUUGGCUUCGGAAUGGGCAUCAUCGACUCCAUGUUCGCAACCACAAAACCUUCCACACAUCACAUCAUCGAAGCGCACCCUGCCGUCCUAUUGAAACUGCAACAACCAGACGCGGAAUUCGGGCCAAAAUGGGAACAACGUGCCGAGGCAGGGCGAUAUAAAAUCCACGCGGGCAAAUGGCAAGAUAUUUGCCCAAAACUGUUAGAAGCAGGAGAAGUCUAUGACGCAAUCUACUUCGACACUUUUGGCGAAGAUUAUUCCCAGUUAAGACUCUUCUUCACGGAGGUGGCGCCCGGGCUGCUAGAUGAGAAAGGCAGGUUUGGGUUCUUCAAUGGGCUGGGGGCUGAUAGGAAGGUUUGCUAUGAUGUUUAUGGGAAGGUGGUAGAGCUGGAUUUGUGUGAGGCAGGGAUGGAUGUUGAGUGGACUGAUGUUGAGGUGGGGGAGUUGGGUGACGAGGGAGAGGGGCAGUGGAAGGGUGUUAGGAGACGGUAUUGGACGUUGGGGCUCUAUCGGCUACCUGUUGCCACCUUCCUGGGUUGA